UCUCCAUACAUGCUCUCUUUCGGUGAAUUCUCUGCCUGGGUAUCUAUCGACGGCGUUGAGGCAGAGGAAUACGGGGUGACCGUCGACGGCACCAGGGUGACUUGCUGGAUCGCGUCGGAGGCCAACAAGACUUUUAGUCUUCACUGGAAAGAUUCCGUUGUUUCGUCGCCUACGCGGGGCAACCCGUCUAUCGACGGUACCACCUACCCCCCCCGGUAUACCGAUACUCUGCGAAGAAACCACGUUUUCCUAGGCGGCGUCAGGGAUUCAGAUAGCUCCAAGAGGCCAUUCAUGUUUACAAAACUCAAUCUUACGGACGACGAUGCGUAUCUUGAUGUCGUCGCUCCCCCUAGUCUGGGCGAAAUUGAAGUGGCACUCUAUCGCGUCGAGCGACGACGAAGUCGCAAUCACCGCCCUCCUCUGAACAAUAUUAGUCAAGGGGCUGAUCUGACUCGUCGUGUGUACCAUGAGCAUAAUAAGAAAGGAAUUGACCAUGAGGCCAGUCUCGGAGCGCCAAGACAUAUUGACAGCAUCAAUCGGAGCCAGCACAAAUCAUAUUAUUUCACAAAGCCUCGAGACGAUCCCAUCGUUACCUUUCGCUUCAAGUAUCGGCCCCUCGAUGUGCUGCAAGCACAGGACAUCGCACCGCGACCCCAACCCGUCCGUGAAACCAGCGCGUUAAAACCGGACGUCAAAGAUAUCAUUGUAAUAGAGGAUGAAGAGAUUGAGUUUCUUUAUAUGCGAGUCAAUAAGGCCGUGAAGGAUGAUAACAAUGUCAUAGACCUUUCAGAUCCUGAUUCGAGGGAUGUCAUGAAGCUUGACGAAGAGCAUGCUGUAUUCCCUAGAAGUCCGCAGCAGAACAACGGGCCGUCUGGUUCGCAGGCUGGCACUGCGCCUGAGAUCAAAGAUGAAUAUUCCAAGCCUUUUGGGCUCUCGAAUGUAUACUUCGAUCUGACCGUUUAGAUGGCUCGACUUUGAUUAUGGAACACCUACUAGGACAUCGUUUCUUCGUAUCUUAUUUGGAUUAUUCCUUAUUUCCGCAUUGCUAUCAAUCGCUUUCACCCGCUUUCUGGAGUUGUGUAGAACGCUUGCCGUAUAAUUAUUUAUUACUGUUCCGUAAUCUGUGACAUGGAUACAGAGCGUACUGCCAGGUUCUGUGUUCUCAAAUGAU